CGCUUCUUCUCUCUCUCUCUCUCUCUCUGGAGCUCGCUUCUCAUCACAUUUGACAUUACAAUGAAAUCACUCCUUUCUCCUCUUCUUCUUUUCUUUUCCACUUUGUCAGCCAUGUCUUAAUUAUUAAUUUCUUAAUAUCAUCAAUGCAACAACCUGCGAUUAAAUCAAAUAAUGUCAUUCAUGAAGCUGGGAUCAAAGUCUUCUGAAGCAUUUCAUUUGGAAGGCCAGACAUGGGUAUGUUCAACAGGACUUCCAAGUGAUGUUACAGUUGAAGUUGGCGAGAUUUCUUUCUUCCUCCACAAGUUUCCAUUGCUUUCUAGAAGUGGGCUGCUGAAGAAACUCAUUGAAGAAUUGUCAGGUGACGAUGGAUAUGUUUGUACCUUUCAACUUCAUGAUAUUCCUGGUGGUGCAAAAACAUUUGAGCUUAUAGCCAAGUUCUGCUAUGGUCUAAAAAUAGAUAUCACGCCAUUAAAUGUAGUUAGCCUCAGAUGUGCAGCAGAAUACCUCGAAAUGACUGAAAAUUAUGGUGAAGGAAAUCUUGUUUCGCAGACAGAAGCUUUUCUGAAUGAAGUUUUUAGUACUUGGCCAGACUCCAUAAAAGCCCUUGAAACAUGUGAGGAAGUGCUACCUUUCGCCGAAGACCUGCAUGUUGUUUCAAGGUGUAUUGAUUCCUUGGCAAUGAAGGCUUGUUCGGAUCCAAGCUUAUUCAAGUGGCCAGUGGGAGGACGUAAAAGCCAAGACAAUGCAAUGGCGAACGGAAUUUCCACUGAGAUAAAGCCACAACCUCAAGGUGAUAAUUGGUGGUAUUAUGAUGUGUCUUUGUUAAGCCUGCCCUUGUUUAAACGACUGAUUUUAGCCAUUGAAUCGAAAGGUAUGAAACCUGAAAGUGUCGCAGGAUGUCUCAUAUAUUACCUUAGGAGGUUUCUCCCCUUGAUGAAUAGACAAUCAAGUUUCAAGGAUAAAUCACAUGCAACCAUUCCCACAACCUCUGAAGCAGAUCAAAGGGCUCUGUUGGAAGAAAUUGUGGAGUUGCUUCCAAACAAGAGGGGGGUCACAUCCUCCAAACAUCUGCUUAGGUUGCUCAGAACAGCCAUGAUAUUGCGUGCAAGUCCAUCCUGCAAGGAAAAUUUGGAGAAAAGGGUAGGAGCUCAACUAGACCAGGCUGUGCUCGUCGAUCUUCUCAUUCCAAAUAUGGGAUACUCAGUUGAAACCCUCUAUGAUGUAGAUUGCAUUCAUAGGAUUCUUGAUCACUUUAUGUCUAUAUACCUCCCUGCAUCUGUAACAGCUUCCCCACUAAUACUCGAAGAGGGAACAUUGAUAGCUGCGAAUGAUCCAUUGACGUCGAUGACAAUGGUGGCAAGCUUGUUAGAUGGAUAUCUUGCUGAGGUGGCUUCAGAUGCUAAUUUGAGCUUGUCUAAGUUCCAGGCACUUGCUGUUGCAGUUCCGGAUUAUUCUAGGCCGCUUGAUGAUGGUAUAUAUCAUGCAGUAGAUAUUUACCUUAAGGCACAUCCAUGGCUGACAGAUACUGAAAGAGAGCAACUUUGCAGACUGAUGAACUGCCAAAAACUCUCAAUUGAAGCAAGCACUCAUGCAGCGCAAAAUGAAAGAUUACCUCUCCGUGUAAUUGUUCAAGUCCUGUUCUUCGAACAGCUUCGGCUUCGCACGUCAAUAUCCGGCUGGUUCUUUGUUUCUGACAAUCUUGCAAACUCACAAGAACAAAGUGGAAAUCUCGGCCUCCAUAGGAGUGAUGGUAAUCAUCAACUGGACUCUGCAGGGGGGACGGACAACAUGAGAGAACGCCUUUUGCAGAUCGAGAAGGAAUGCUCAGAAAUUCGAAAUGAGCUGCAGAAGUUGACAAAGACAAAGAGAAGUUGGAACAUUUUCUCUAGAAGGUUUGGCUUUAGGAGAAAAACAGAUUCUAGCAGUUCAAAAGAAUCAAAUAGCACUAAUGCAAAGACACAAUCGUCCACUGUAAAUGGAAAACCAAAUCGGGAAAGUAGUUGAUCGCCAUCAUUGAUGUCCAAGUAGGUGGAGAUAAAUUGUCUCUUUUCUGCAACAAGUUCUACUUCUCUAUUUGAAUGAGUUUAUAACUGCAAUCAAAUUGACAGUAGAAUAACAGGUUUAGAUGAUGGUAUUUUAGUCAAUGUCUUAGAUCAGUUCAUUCUUAGGAUAUGAAACUCUAGAGUAAACAAUAGUCACCUCUUAGACAAAGUAAAAUGACCGUUCAAUCAAAGAAAGACAAGGAUUCU